GGUAGUACAGACCAGGCGCACGCGCACACCGGUCGUUUACGAUACAUAGGCGUGUCAUCGCGAAACCUAACAGUUUGUGUAUUUUUUUCAUACGAAUGUGAAUACAUACUAAUAAGAUGCUGGUGUGGAUAUGGCUGGGUUGCUUACUUGUCGCACUAGUUCUGCAUUUACGGCAGGUCUAUGGUACAUUCAAACGGCGAGGUGUGAAGACACCCCCCGUCAUCCCACUAGUCGGCAAUGCACUGAACAUUGUGUUACAGAGAUGGCAUGUUACUGAUGAAUUGAUUAUGCUUUAUAACAAGUAUUCUAACCAAAGGUUCUACGGGUACUUCAAGUUCACAUCACCGGUUCUGGUGGUUAGAGACAUCAAGAUGAUCAAGAAAAUUGCCAUCGAGGACUUUGAGCACUUUCUCGACCACAAUAGGAUCAUAAAUAAGGAUACUGACCCGCUCUUUGGGAGGAAUCUCCUCGCUUUGAAAGGUCAAGAAUGGAAAGACAUGCGGUCGACACUCAGCCCAGCUUUCACUAGCUCAAAAAUGAAAAUGAUGCUCCCACUGAUGGUAGAGGUUGGAAAUCAGAUGAUCUACUCGCUUAAGAAGAAAAUCAAGGAAUCUGAUCAGGUUUAUUUGGACAUUGACGUAAAAGACCUAACGACUAGGUACGCAAAUGACGUGAUUGCAUCUUGUGCUUUUGGCCUGAAGGUGAAUUCUCACAUGGAGAAGAACAACCAGUUUUACGAAAUGGGAAAAUCUAUUUUGAGUUUCAACAUUCGUCAGAAGUUAGUAGUUUUAGUGUUGUUGCUCUGUCCGAAGAUUGCUAAAAUAUUUAAAUUGACUCUGUUCAUGAAGUCGCAGCAGGAAUUCUUCCGAAAGUUGAUAUCGGAGACGAUGGAGAGCAGGGAGUUGCAGCAGACCAUUCGACCUGACAUGAUACAUCUACUAAUGCAAGCUAAGAAAGGAAAAUUGACCUAUGACGAGAAACCAAGCCAUGGCGCGGACACCGGUUUUGCCGCCGUCGAAGAAUCAUCCGUCGGCAAGAAAGUAAUUAACAGGG